AUGCAGUGCCCGGAUAGUAUUUCUCUGCCUUACUAUAAGCUCAUGGAUGCCGUACGAAUAAAAGACGGUGUCGAAGUGGUGAUCAAGAGAGUAACGCUGGAAGAAGACAAUGUGCCACUUCUACAAUACUUGAAUUCUCCGGAAAUGCUCAAGGAUCCACGAAAUAACGCUGUGCGCCUACUAGAAGUAAUUACAGUUCCUCAUACAAGCGAUAUCUUUCCACGACCUUCGGUGCUCCUUGUGAUGCCAAAGCUUUUCCCUUUAAGUACUUCGCAUCUUCCAUUUCGACACGUCAGGGAAGUUCUCGAUGCUCUGGAACAAAUUAUGGAGGGUAUUAUCUUUCUGCAUGAGCAUAGGAUUGCCCAUCGCGACGCUUGCACUCACAACUUCAUGAUGGACCCGACAGAUGUCAUUCCCAGCGGGUUUCACUUCUCAUACCACUGGCACCAACCUGACGGCAUAACUCGUAUUCACUUUAGGGACCGAUGUUUAGUUCCACGGGUCAAGUACUACUUGAUUGACUUUGAAACAGCUGAAAUUUUCCCCCCAAACUCCCUUACCAUCGGUAGAUAUGGGCAGGUGAAAGACGUCCCAGAGAUGUCCGAAACAGUGCCGUACGAUCCCUUCAAAUUGGAUGUAUACCAGGUUGGAUCGCUAGUCAAGACGCUCAUCGAGGUAAUUCUAGUUACUGUUUUGAGGGACGAAUCUCAUUUGCAACAGUUAUAUGAAGGACUCGACUUUCUGGAACCCCUCAGAGACAUCAUGAGAUGCCCUAACCCUGAACUCCGACCAACCGCUGCCCAAUCUUUGGAAAAAUUGCGUGACAUUGUGUCUCAAUUAGAUCAAACAUAUCUCGCUCAUGAGAUUUGGUAUAAAGAAAGUACACCUAGCUAUCGGAAAUAUCAAACGGUAUCCCCUGAUGAAAAGUUCAAUAAGUGGAAGAAAAUCCAGUUCAUUUGUGGGGGCAAGGGGUCAACAACACCUGAUACUAUUCACUGA